AAGCCAAAACCUGAUUGGGAGUCUCUAUCCAAUGGCUCCCUAAAUUCUCUGCGCCACCCGCUUUUUGCUGUCUCUGCCCCAUCAAGCCCUUCACGCCGUCACCAUUUAACACCGGCCACAAUACCCGAAUGUGAUGAGUCUGAUGCAUCAACAGUGGACUCUGGUAGGUGGGUUAAUUUUCAGACAGUGGCAGCCCCAGCAGCAGUUGCUCCUCCUUCACCCACAUUCAAUCUUGUGAAACCUGUAUUUCAACAGAAUUCGCUUCAGGAUGGUGUUGAUGGACAUGGAGGGUUACCCUGGGGAGUAACUGAAAGGGGUAGGGGGUCUGAGUUUGAGUUUGAGAAUGGCAGAGUGAAGCCAUGGGAAGGUGAGAGGAUUCAUGAAAUUGGUGUGGAUGAUCUAGAGCUUACCCUUGGGAGCGGGAAAGCUCGUGGAUAAUCAACUGCUUGGAACAUGGACUGAGAAUGUCAAUGCAGGAAACUAGGAGCUUUCUUAAGUGAAUUUUGUUACGCAUUCUCAAUGGUGCUUGGUUCACUUUUCUAUCAUGUGGCAUUACUUGAACGUCUCAUAUGAUUUCUGCUGCUGGGACAUACCUGAGUUCCGACAGGCUGCGUGUUAUCCUUCUUUCAUAUGUACAGUUUCCGGUUUCAAGGUAACGAACUCGAUUGCAAGAGGAGCUCAGUUUAAUGGCAAAUUUGUUAGGAAGAAUUGCCUUUGAUGAAUCAUUGAAGGGUGAAAAAGACUUAAGCAAGUGAUUGAGGAGGUUACAUAUCUUUUCUUUCAGCCUUAUUUAUGUUUAAAAAUUUUGCUUGAAAUAUUUAAUCGGUCAUAGGAUUCUGGAUUUAGAUUCCAUAGAGACCCUUUUUCCUUGUUUAAAUUUUUAGUCUUUGAAUGGGUUCAAGAAUGCUUUAUUAUAUCCUUUGUACACUUGGAAUCACAGAACUCAAACAUUUGAAACCAUUUAAUAUAUUUACCCAUCUUUUCUAGCAGACCAA